AUGGCUUCCUCCCUUUCAUUUUCAACCACCGGAAACUAUGGUUCACGGUCAUGCAUGCCGGUUUCCGGCCACGGUAGUGAUGGUUGUACCUUUGGGCAAGCUAGUUUCCCGAAGAGAAGUAAGAGUAGGGAGUUAAGUAUUGUAAGUGUGGCAACUCAUUUGCCGGCGAUUGUUCUACCACCAUCAGUAUCACGGAAGGAGGUGGCAAAGGAGCGGAAACUGGUGGCGUGGACUAGCGUCCGGCAUGAACGGUGGGAAGGGGAGCUUGUGGUGGAAGGAGAUAUACCACAAUGGCUGAACGGGACCUACUUGAGGAAUGGACCAGGACUGUGGCACAUCGGAGACUACGACUUCCGCCACCUCUUCGACGGCUACGCCACCAUCGUCCGCCUCUGUUUUGAGAACGGCCACCUCAUGAUGGGUCACCGCCAGAUCGAAUCCGAUGCAUAUAAAGCUGCAAGAAAAAGCAAUAAACUUUGUUACCGAGAAUUUUCUGAAGUCCCUAAGUAUGACAACUUCCUAGCAUAUAUAGGAGACUUGGCCAAAUUAUUCUCGGGGGCGUCGCUAACUGAUAAUGCCAAUACUGGCGUUGUUAUGUUAGGGGACGGCCGAGUGGUUUGUCUCACUGAGACAAUUAAAGGGUCGAUUGUGAUCGACCCGAGUAACUUGGAUACGUUAGGGAAGUUUGAGUAUAGUGACUCGUUGGGUGGAUUGGUCCACUCGGCGCACCCUAUAGUGACUGACUCGGAAUUUUUGACGUUGUUGCCGGAUUUGUUGAACCCUGGUUAUGUGGUGGCAAGGAUGGAACCGGGUACUAAUGAAAGGAAGGUGAUUGGUCGGGUUGAUUGUCGUGGUGGUCCAUCACCGGGGUGGGUCCAUUCGUUCCCCGUGACCGAACAUUAUGUGAUUGUGCCUGAAAUGCCAUUGAGGUAUUGUGCACAAAAUCUUUUAAGGGCUGAACCCACACCAUUAUACAAGUUUGAGUGGCAUCCUGAGUCCAAAGGAUAUAUGCAUGUCAUGUGCAAAGCUAGUGGCAAAUUGGUCGCAAGCGUCGAAGUUCCUCUAUUUGUGACAUUUCACUUCAUCAACGCGUACGAAGAGAAAGAUGAAGAUGGGAGGGUGAUUGGAGUUAUAGCCGAUUGUUGUGAACAUAAUGCCGACACAACCAUCCUUGACAAGCUCAGGCUUCAAAAUCUCCGAUCAUGGUCUGGGAAGGACGUUCUUCCCGAUGCUAGGGUUGGGCGAUUUAGAAUACCAUUCGAUGGGAGUCCAAAUGGAGAACUGAUAGACGCUCUAAACCCCGAUGAACAUGGAAGGGGGAUGGAUAUGUGUAGCAUCAAUCCGGCUUAUUUAGGCAAGAAAUACAGAUACGCUUACGCUUGUGGCGCUCAACGCCCUUGUAACUUCCCCAACACCCUCACUAAGAUAGACUUAGAAGAGAAGAAAGCGAAGAACUGGCAUGAUGAAGGUGCAGUCCCAUCUGAACCUUUUUUUGUCGCACGCCCUGGUGCAACAAGAGAAGAUGAUGGAGUUGUGAUUUCAAUGAUAAGUGACAAGAAUGGUGAAGGGUACGCGCUAAUAUUAGACGCGUCAACAUUUGAAGAAAUUGCAAGAGCAAAGUUCCCUUACGGGCUUCCAUAUGGACUUCACGGAUGUUGGGUUCCCAAGUCUUAA